AUGCUUCCAAUCAUCGAGGUUGAACCUCUUUUCAAAGUAGAAACUAAAACUGAAGACCAAAUUUCAUUGAAAACUGGAAUAGAGUUUUAUAACCAUUUACCAAAAAGAGACGAAUUGCUUGAUGAUAACUUUUUUAUUAUGAUUGAACUUCCAAACAAACAAGCAAUAUUUGAAUGGUUUAAAAAGGACACGAAAUACAUGUACGUAUCUGACUUUGUAAAAUAUAUGCUUUCAAAACCAGACAAAAAUUACUCAGAGAAAUUUCGAUUAAUAAAAGAUGGAGUACCAAUCGAUCUUAACAGCACUAUUGAAGGAGAUAAAAGACAAUAUUUAGUUUGUGAGUUACUUAACGACAAUUCUCCAAAUUAA